AUCUGCAAGACGUUGUUCUAGAAGAUCUGAAAGCGGAGGGAAAGUCGAUGCGACAUGCAUGACCAUGUCUCGUCGCACGUCCGCGCCUAUGAGGAGUCGAGACGUGCAAGGAGCCGGGUUGUUGCGUCGCAGGUCAUGGUGAGGGCCAGAUUGUCAGGAAAGUGUAUCGAGCGCGAAGCACCAGGGCAGGUACACCCGAUUAGUCAACCUUCAACAGUCUGUCACUACUACAGGCAACGGGAUGUAAAACAAACAGAGAUCUCGUCCUCCGCCAUGGCUUCCUUUCUCACGCCUCCGUCUUGUGAUCGUCAGCUGCUUAUUCUACAAAUCUGCACUCAAAUCUUCGGAAGACUCAGUAUCCGACGCGGAAUCUUCAACAUCGGUCUCCAGCAUGUGCCCCUUCACUUCGUUGCCUUCUGGUGAGGGUCCAGCUCGCUUCUCCCCCAGCGCUGUCAAGGACUGGCAGCCCAGGCGAAAGUCUGUCUCGAACGCUUGUGAGCGAUGUCGACGGAGGAAGAUUCGAUGCGACGGCGAGACGCCCUGCUCGACGUGUAAACGUUUUGCAAUACAAUGCGUGAGAACACAGAAACCAAAAGAAGUUGUGGCAUCCGAACAUCGUGAAGCAUUAGAAGGACGAAUACACCAGCUCGAAGCACAGUUGGCCAGACACGUUAAUGCGCCCAUGCAUGGUAUGGAAUCCAUCGACCAGAACCUCAUGGCCGGCACGCCAACAUCCUUCGACUGGCAAGCGACGCCUUCGCACCUCAACCUCGACACCACAAUACCCGCCACAUUCACCGCCGAUGACUUGGAUAUGGGUUCUUUCUCAGCCAGAAGCGGGAGCAUGCCUUCCAUCGCCAUAGAUGAAUGUGAGCCUUUCCCCAACUUCUCCACGCCGUCUUCACCAGUACCUUCAUUAUGGUUAGGUACCACGCGUGCCUCGUCACCCGAUUCGAUGCCACCUGGAUCCGCACUACCGCAGUUCGGAACGGCAUACCCACCCAUGAGCAAACCCAUGCCAUCGUCGAUCGAACCGCACACGGCGCCAUCUUGGGAGUUCAUGGCUCAAGCAAGCUCCAGUCAGUUACAACCAGGUACUAGCAGUCGAGGUCAUUCUCGGAAGACUUCAACCUCUUCCCUGUCUCAGGCUAGCAAUGAGCAGGCCAUGUCGCCAAUUCCUGAAGUCGAGGAUGACAUCCUCCCUCUGGCUCCAGCACCACGACUACCCCGUCAAGGCAUAUUCGCUGCUCGUCAUACGGAGAGUCCUGGCCCAGGCUCUUCCCGAUCAAGUUUCACCGACCGCAGUCGUGCUCUGGCAACCACUCCACUUCCCAGUCGCUUCGAAGCAGAGACCUUGACAACGGAGUUCGUCCAACAUCUCGAGUCCCUGGACUAUAGAGCUUACUCCAUCACCCCCUCACUCUUCUCUCGGUUCUGCGAAUCUGUUUACCCCAACUCUCAGCGACCUGCUGUCAAAAUCUCUGCCUCCAUGCCAAUGGCACGCUUCCAUGUCUUCCUAGCAAUGGCCAUUGCGAUGAAGGUGAGGAUCAAGGAUGCGCCAGAAAAUACAAACGCGCUCCUUGAUACUUGCUACGAGCUUGCCAUGCAGCAAGCUUGUUCUUCCACAUUCUGGCAAGAGACAGGUGGGAUGGAAGCAGCUCAACUGUUGGCACUUUUUGCCUCGCUUCGCAAACCUGCUAGCGAAGAGCCGCGCGGUCUUCAGCACUCCUUCUCUUGGUGAACAGUAGAGUCCCAAGAUGAUUUUUUUUUCGUACUCAUGACUGUAUGUCUUCUCUUUCCUUUCUGUUUAUCCUUGAUCUUUCCGAAAAGUCGCGAUCAUUCCCGUGUCAUCUUGUACAUAUAUAGCAUACCUUUACGAACGGCAGCCUUCUUGCAAACGCAAUAGAUAC